GCAUUGGAGAAGGUCAACUUGGUAUACAGAAUAUCACCCACAUUCCACCGCCAUUCAUAUAUGCACCGCAAUUCCUAUCUGCCAUUCGGUUUUAUUCCUGUUUCAAUGUCAACCCGACACUCGCAUUGUGGGCCUCUUGUUCUUUUCAUAAUACAGAUUAAUCUUACGUCUAUCAUCUCAUCUAUUUUCUUUCAUUGCGUCUCACUGAUUACUCAUACUGCCCGGUGAUCGCAAAAGAUCUCCUAUAGCUGUUUGAUUUUGGUCUCAGACUUCCGUUUGGGGAAGGGCAUGAAUCUAUUUAUCCAUUGAGUUAAUCACAUAGAAAAGUAUAAUUUUUGAGAUCAUUGCAAGUGGGAUGAAGUUUCAGUAGACCAGGUGCAGUGGUCAUGGAUCUUGAGACUAACCGUGCAGAUUCUUUUGUGAGAAGGCAUUCUUUUAGUUCUUCGAAUGCUAUAACCCCAAUAGAUGAUGAUAGGCAUGAUAUAAUGGAAAAUAGUAGUGUGAUGCCCAUUCCUGUGGAUGCUUUGGCCACUACCUCCAUUGUAUCACCAUCACCAUCAACAUCAGAACUGACAUCUCCUCUUUCGACUGAGGGUAUCAUACAUUCUAAUGACAAGAACAAUGAGAACAAGAAAGAGCUACCAUGGGUAUUGGAUUAUGGUUCACAACUUAUCCAUCUUGCUGUUUUUGGAAUUCUUGGGGUUUUAACAAGGUAUUUACUUCAAAAACUGUUUGGCCCUGGAGUAGUUGGCCUCACAAGUGACCAAACCGUUCUGUACCUUGAUCUUCCUUCUAAUAUGGUUGGCUCGUUCUUGAUGGGGUGGUUUGGCAUUGUUUUCAAAGGUGAUAUAUCCAGAGUUUCAGACUAUCUAGCCGUUGGACUGGCAACUGGUUACUUGGGAAGCCUGACAACUUUCAGUGGUUGGAAUCAAAAAAUGCUAGACCUCAGUGUUCAAGGCAAAUGGGCUCUUGUUGUGUUUGGGUAUCCUAUAGGCUUCAUUCUUGCUGAUUAUGCCAUCAUCUAUGGGGUUAGGACAGCUCAGGGCUUCAAAAGGUUCCUGGAAACUUCAAAUGUACUCCCCAAAAGUGAGAUUUCGAGCUCUCAAAGCAAUUGGAAGGUGGAUAACUUCAAGUGCCAGUUUGCGUUUAUGCUUGUGCUUAUAUUGAUGCUAGGCUUGUUAUGGGGUGUCAGCGGAGCUUUGGAGAGAAGAGAAUUUGACAGUGGUGGCAGUGGAGCCCAGCUAUGGUUAGCUUGUAUUGUUGGGCCUUUUGGUGUGUGGCUCAGGUGGUUCCUAGCUUGUCGACUAAAUGGACGUGGAAUAGGACUACACGGCUUGUUGAAAUGGGUUCCUUUUGGUACUCUAAUUGCCAAUGUUUCUGCCGCUUGUGUCAUGGCGGGACUUGCGACACUAAUGAAAGUAGUUAAAACCAAGACCUGUAAUACCAUAGCUACAGGAAUACAGUUUGGCCUGUUGGGUUCUCUAAGCACUGUUUCCAGUUUCGUCUCUGAGGUUCACUUGCUGAGAGAGAGCAAGAAGCCUUGGAGAGGGGAUGUGUAUGCCGUAGUCACCAUUGUCGUGUCCUUCGGCUUGGGCACCUUGAUAUACUCAGUACCUGUUUGGACACAUGGAUACGAUUAGUAUGUUUAGUACAUUGCUUGGAUUCUUGAGUUAGGCUGUGCUUGGAUCAUAAAGUUGUGGCUGAGUUUUAUCGAGAGAAAGGAAAAUGAAGGGGGCCUAGCAAUUACCGUUAGAAGACCCAAUGGGCUUUUCUGUAAAAGACUUAACAUUUCGGAAUUGUUGAUGACUAUUUGACAAGUUUACUGUACAAAAUGCCGAUAAAAAAAAAGUUUACUGUACAAAAUAUUCACAUCUUAUGUAUAAUGAGAAAGUGGCAUCCCUUAUACAU